AUGUCUUCUCACGUGGCUCCCCUCCUGGCCGGCCUGAUCAUCAGCGCCGCCCAGCUCACAUCCGGCUCCCCCGUGGCCGACGCCCCCGUCGUCGCCGCCCCGGUCGCCGCCCUCCUCACCAACGGCACCUACACCCAGGUCGUCACCGCCAUCACCACCUACUGCCCCGAGCCCACUGUCAUCUACCACGGCAAGUUCACCUACACCAUCAAGGAGCCCACCACCUUCACCAUCACCGACUGCCCCUGCACCAUCACCCACACCGGCCCCGUCUCCACCGGCGUCGCCCCUGGCCCCGAGUGCGCCGCAACCUGCGCCGCUGCCUACGACAAGUGCCGCGGCGCCCCCGACGCCAACCGCGCCACCUGCGCCGCAAACUACGCAGGCUGCCUCGGUUACAGCCCCUUCGGCCCCGACGGCUCCCUCGUGACUCCCACCGCCUGCUCCGGCACCGCCGUGGUCCCCACCGCCACUGCCGUCCCCCCCAUCACUACCGGCAUUGUCCCCCCCACCGGCCCCGAGUGCGCCGCCACCUGCGCCGCCGCCUACGACAAGUGCCGUUCUGCCCCCGACGCCAACCGCGCCACCUGCGCCGCAAACUACGCAGGCUGCCUCGGCUACAGCCCCUUCGGCCCCGACGGCUCCCUCGUCACCCCGACCGCCUGCUCCGGCACCGCUACCGCCGUCCCUCCCAUCACCACCGUCGCCCCUCCCACCGGCACCGCCGUCCCUCCCAUCGCCACCGGCGUCCUCCCCCCCGCGACCACCGGCGCCGGCUGCGUCGCCGGCUGCAACGACGCCUACAACAAGUGCCGCAGCGCGCCCGGCGCCAACAUGUCUACCUGCGCUGCUCAGUACGCCGGAUGCCUCGGCUACAGCCCCUUCGGACCUGACGGUUCGCUUGUUACGCCCACCGCUUGCUCUGGUUCUGCUACCGGUGCGGCGCCUACUGCUACUGCGAAGCCUUUGCCUUCUGUUGUGCAGGUUGCGUCUGCUGGGCGUGCGUCUUUCGGUGUCGCUGUCGCGGCUGUGUGUGGUCUUGCUGCCCUUGCGAUGUUCUAA